AUGUGGCGACCGUGGGGAAAAUCAACGGCUCGGAUUCACAGCUCCUCUUCCUCCUCCUUACCCUCUUCCACAUUCUCUUGUUCUUCCUUCAAAGACAUUCAAACCCUUUGUCUCGACGAACCUCCUCACCAAUCCUUACCCUCUUCACCAACCCCAAAAUACCCCAUUUUCCAACGAGUCCUACUCGCCAACUCGCUCCUCCGAACCUGGUCAACUCACCUCCACCAACAACAACCCCACAGAUUACCCAGAACCCGCUCUCACCCCGAACCAGAAUCCGAACCAAAACCAAAACCAUCACCAUCCCCAUCACCAGAACCAGAUCAUGAACAAGAUCCAUCACGCAAUGAAACCACCCACGCGCCACCGGAACUUUUACCAGCUCCAUCACUUCCACCACCGAUCUACUUUCCAGGAACAGAACAGCGCGUGGUCAUCUACUUCACAAGCCUGCGCGUGGUGAGACCAAUCUUCGAAGACUGCAAAUCCGCACUCGCGAUCCUCCGCGCGUUCCCCGUCCACCUCGACGAACGUGACGUAUCAAUGGAUUCCUCCUUUUUGACCGAGCUGAACCGGAUAAUGGACCGAACCGGUCGACCCGGUUUACCAUUGCCACGUGUCUUCAUCGGAGGAAAAUAUAUCGGCAGUGGUGAAGAGAUUAGAUCAAUGCACGAGAUUGGCGAGCUCAAGAGAUUACUCGAGGACUUGCCCGCAGUGGAUCAAACUGAAUGCCACGUGUGCGCGGGUCACAGGUUCGUUCUGUGCAACGUGUGUAACGGUAGCAAGAAGGUGUAUACAGAUAAAGCUGGGUUUAAGAUUUGUGUUGUUUGUAAUGAGAAUGGGCUUCUUAGGUGCCCUUCUUGUUUUUCUUUUGAUUUGAUUAACAAUGAAAAAAUUGAAUAA